AUGAGAAAAAUUUUUAAAAAACGGAUAAUCUGGAGAAUUUGUCGAGAAAAUUGUCGAUUAUUUAAGAAAAUAGUAGAAAAUAUGACGGGUCGGCAGAUCCGUCGUUUGCUGUACGGACUGCUGAUUUUGGCGUUAUUUGUCAUUGUUAUACAUAGUGGCCGUACAGCGUAUUGGCUGGCCAAGGAUGGACAUUACUCAGAACAACCACACCACCCCACCGAGGAACAGCUAGAUUACAACGAACAACAGAACUUACAAUACUUGGAGUCACCGAUUCAAUCUUUACAAACAUACAGUCCUUUAAUGAUGGAACCGAACGAAGUUUCAAAAUCGCUAUUACCAUGGUAUUUUAAAGAUGGCUUGCUAAGGCCAAGCAGAGCUAAAAAGAAUAUGAAGACUGGACAAAGAACUACACCAGUGUGGCCUAAAGAACAAAACAACGGUGACCGCGUUGAAAACCAACUGAUGUUCAUACCGCCUAAUUAUCUAUACGACGAUGAACCGAAAAAAAAAAUUUUACUUUUCAAUGGUUUAAGUAGUUGGAUGAUAGACGGCGGACAGAAUGAAUUUAUCUCGAAACAAUGUCCGGUGAAUAGAUGCACAAUUACAUCGAAAAAAUCGGAAGCUCCAGACGUUGACGCAAUUUUAUUUCGUGAUCAUUUCUCACAUCCCGGUCACAGGAAAACUGGUAAACAAGUAUGGAUUUUAUAUUUUCUUGAGUCACCGUACCAUACGGAACUGAUCACUUACAACGAUGUGUUCAACUGGACAGCAACAUACAGACACGAUAGCGAUAUCGUUACACCAUACGAACGAUGGGCGUACUACGAUCCGUCAGUGACACAAGUGGAACGAUUAGAACGGAAUUACGCGUUUAACAAAACGAAACAAGUGGCGUGGUUUGUAUCAAACUGUGGUGCCAAAAACGGUAGAUUACAAUACGCCAAAGAAUUGGCCAAAUAUAUAUCAGUAGACGUGUACGGCGUGUGCGGAAAAUUCAAGUGCCCUAGAUCGGACAAGACGUGUUUCAAAUUGUUGGACCAAGAUUACAAAUUUUAUUUGGCUUUUGAAAACUCCAAUUGUCUCGACUACGUAACCGAAAAGUUUUUCGUUAACGGCCUCCAGCACAACGUUCUGCCAGUAGUGAUGGGUGGGCGCCGAGAUGACUACGACCGGAUAGCGCCCAAGCGAUCGUACGUGCACGUGGACGACUACGAGUCACCCAAACGGCUGGCCGAGUACCUGAGGAAGUUGGACGCCGACGACGACCUGUACAACGAGUACUUCCGGUGGAAAGGCACCGGCGAGUUUAUCGAUACGAAGUUCUUCUGCCGGUUGUGCGCGAUGCUGCACGACGACGGCGCACCAGCAAAGCAUUACCGGAACGUCAACGACUGGUGGCGCGGCCAGGGCGUCUGCAACAACGCUAUGCCGUGGCGGCGGUUCAUCGAGUCGUCUGUCGAGGCCGGCGAAUCGGCUGGCCCGAAACCGGCGGUCAGUGGCGCUUAG